AUGACUUCAACAAAUUUGCCUUCAAGUGCAAGCAAGAAGUUCGAACCUACAGAUGAAGAACUCAUUCAAGAUUUUCUCCGUAACAAAAUCAAUGGGAGGCCUCUACCAAACUAUGGAACCAUUCUUGAAGGUGAAUUGUUUGGUACAGAGAAGAAUCCAUGGGAAAUUUGGGAAGAAAACGUUGAAAAUUCUUAUGACGGGAAGGACCUCUAUUUCUUCACUACUCUGAAGAGGAAGUUCUCGACUAACAGCUUGAGGAUGGUUCGCACCAUCGGGUUGGGUUCUUGGGAAGGUGAAGACAUCGGAAAAGAGAUUAUGGCCAAUAAAACUAACCAGCGCAUUGGAAUGAGGAAACGAUAUCGCUUUGAGAAGAGUGGUACUAGCCAUGAUGGUGGAUGGAUCUUACAUCAAUAUAGCAUUGAUUCUUCUUUGUUACCAAAUCCUUCCAAUAUAAAUAAUUAUGUUUUAUGCAGAUUUAGAAAGAAUAACAUUAAACCUCGUCAAAAGAGAAGGAAACCUGUGGCUCCUGAAACUGUGGCUACUGUAAUACCGAAUGCCAAUGAUUAUGCUGGGAUAGUAGAAUUUAUUAAACAAUCAGAAAAUGAAGAUGAAAGGAUGGAGAUUCAAAAUAAAUCAGCAAAUCAAUCACGCAAUAAUGGAGAUAAAAAGAUUGAUGAGAUUCAGAGAAAACUAACAAAUCAAUUAGAGAAUAAUAAUGGAGAUGAAAAGAUUGAUGAGUUUCAGAGAGAACUAACAAAUCAAUUAGAGAAUAAUAAGGAUGAAAUAAAGGUUGAUGCUUUGGUUACUACUAUUAGAAUUGAGGCAAACUAUGACAAAAUGGAAGAUGGUGAUGAUGAUGAAGAUCACAAUGAUAUGACAUGGCCAGAGUUUUUUGCAAUGCAAUUGAUAGAAGUUAACAAAGACUGGUUCAUCCCAAACGAUGAUGUCUCCCUAAUUCCAAAUAAAUUUCACAAUGACACGUUAAAGAAAUUUAAAAAGGUUUUGUGA